AUGGAAGUCCUAAAACUAAAGAUUAUUUGUAGACAAGAGAUCAGUGCUGCUGUCAACACAAGUCCUGAACUCUCAGAUUUUUCUUGCGGCACGGAGGGCGGGGCGCCGCACCUGGCCGGCCUGCACGUUCGGUAUGACGAGGAGUCGAAGGAGGUGGCCAUCGUGUCGGACACCAUCGACCCCCAGGCGUCCGUGGAGGUGAACGCGCCCCUGAAGUUUGAUUUGAAUAUCAAGUCUUCCGGGUCUGGCUGUAUAAAAGUCCAAAAUAUUGAGUGUGAUAAUUGCAAAAUUGAAACUGAGCAGGGGACUAGCAUCUUACAGUCUGUUAAGAGUCAAAAAUUAUCUGUUCAGACGAAAGGAGGCAAAGUGAUCUGUCUGGGAACAAUUUAUGGAAAUAUAGAUAUUCAUGCAUCAGAUAAAAGUACUGUGACCAUAGAUAAACUGCAGGGAAGUUCUGUUAAUAUAUCUACUGAAGAUGGUUUGCUGAAAGCCAAGUAUCUUUACACAGAAUCAUCAUUUCUGUCUUCUGCUGCUGGGGAUAUUACAUUAGGAAGUGUUCAUGGUAAUAUAACAUUACAAAGCAAGAUGGGUAACAUCACAGUAGAUUCGUCCUCUGGAUGUCUAAAAGCCUCAACUCAUCAGGGUGCCUUAGAUGUUUAUGUCAGCCAACUGGGGAAGGUGGAAUUGAAAUCCCAUAAAGGCUCUGUUCUUGUCAAGGUCCCAUCUUCUCUUCAAGUUCAUUUACAGUUAUCAGGAAAAGAGGUCAAUGUGAGCUCAGAAGUCCAAGUUCAAGAGAUGGCCGAAACUCAUAAAGAUGAUGGUGUAAUAAUUACUGGGCUCAUGAAUCAAGGAAGCAAACUUGAAAAAUGGAUUAAGGCUGAUGCCCCAAAAGGCACUGUAAGUUUUAGAAAUCAAAGCUGGUUUCAGUCCCUGAAACUGCAGGACUGAAUGGUUUGAGCCCGGCCAGUGUGGGUCAGUGGUUGAGCGUCAGCCUAUGAACCAGGAGGUCACAGUUUGAUUCCUGG